CUGCGCCCCCGCCCCGCAGGCCCCGGCCCGCAACCCCUCGCCCCGCGCCCGUACAACCUCCUCCCAUUCCUCACUCGACACAUUUAACUCCCACCGGAAAAUCAAACGACCCAAGCUGAUCGGCGACAAGAAAGUCUACCGCCCGGUCAGAAGGCACACCCUGUCCCGUAUAGACGAGACGCCUCCCCAAACGCUGGCCCGACCUCGGUCCAAGAGUCUACAGCACUCUGCGGAUGAUUUCUCGUCGACGCGUCCGAUGCUCCGGUCUCGCUCCAACGUGUCAGCGGACACGAGCAGGAGCGUGCCCGUCUGCAACCAAAGUCACGAGAUUGGUAACCAGCUGGAGAGCAACAGCCCCCAGUACGCAGAGCCUAAAGACUCUGACUCGUCUUCGUACGAGCGGCCGGCUUCGAUGACGGACCUGCCUAUCAUGGUACCCAUCGACCAAGUGACCGGCGCCUACGUCCCCUACCCCCAAUACUCGUACUAUCACGACGAGGGUUGUAAGCUCAACCGUUUGAAAAGGAACAACAAGAAGUCUAAAAAGUCCCCAAAAAACAAUGUUUACCUUGCAUUCAUGUACUGAGCGCGCGGGAGCCGUAACGAAGUGACGGUGAAGAGUUUCGAUUCAAGGCCGUUGCAGUGUAAGACGCCACAGCUAUGUGACUCCAUUUAAAAGUUGACAUUCUCAACUGUCAAUGUCAUUUAAACUUUUACGUACCUACACUAUCUGAUUAAUGCAAACGAAACAGGUCCGAUUCUGGUUGCGAAACUGACGCACGUUAAUGGCACAUUUUAUAUGGGCCGAGCUAUGUAUCAUCAGUAUCUAAAUGUUGAAAGUUGUUUAUGGAAUAUCGAUAAAGUUGAAGGGAAUCGUCGCUCGGCCCCUACCUUGAGCACGGCUUACGAAACUCCGACACCGCUGGUCCCUUCGGAGCGUGAUGCUUCCGACGAACAAAGCCUUUGUCUCACGAAAUAUAGUUGUAAUUAGUGAUUUUAUUCCAACGAGGAGCAUAUUAGAAAGUGAAGUGGUCUACGUUAUGCCGAACAGAAGAAGCAAUCCAAAUUAGCGAUGUGGUAAUAAUUUUAAUAAAAAUAAUAAUCGUUGGUUUUUUGUUCACAUUUGACAUAACACCGACCACAACAGGAGUUUUAAAUAUAUAUUCACUCCGCCAUAAUAUAUCGCAGUAAAACAAAACGUUUAGUUAGAAUAAUUAUUAAGAUUUUUUUUAUUAGUGCGUACAUUAAUUACCUACACAAAAGAAUUGUCUCAAAAUCCACAAAACAAAAUAUCGUUGUAGUGCCUUUGACAAAAAAAAAUGCUCAUCUAUAUUUAUUUAUAUAAGCAUCAUGAACUUAUUGUAAUUUAUAGGUUUCAUAGUUCAAUAUAUUGAAAUUAUUUUAAUCAGUAUACAUAAUGCUCUUGUAAUUGCUCAGAUAUUCAUAUAAGUACCUUCUUCGUAGCAUAAUAAUGAUGAUAAUACCAUCCCAAAUAAAUUUAAGUUCUUAUAUAUUGUCGUAUUAAAAUAACGGUUUAUAUUGUAGAAUGUAUAUCUAAAAUUGGUGGCUUCCAUUUUGUAAAAAAAAAAACAAUAAACAGUUUUUUUUUUUUCGAAUUUAAAUUUUUAAACUAAGGGUUUAUUAAUCGUUCUUAUCGUAUCGUUCGAGUCAAUCUAAACAGAACCAAUUAGUUAAGAGUUCGCGAAUCUAUUGUAAAUUUAUCGAUAUAAGUAUAUUUAACGAAAACGACUAGAGAUUGUUUACAAGUAUUUUUCAUCACUAUUGUAUUUAAAUUUUACAAAUAAAAAUUGCAAAAAUGAAA